UUGAUAAAGGAGGAAGCAUUAGCCCGGGGCAACCAACCAUCAAGUUUACCAACGAGUCCAGGUACCGUCGUACCUGAUCAGGCAACACCACGUGUAGAAACCGAGCAAAACCCACUCGCCCAAGAUAUGAUCGAGAAUCGCGCCUCAUGGACUUCUUUCUUCUCUCUUAGAGCAGCCCAUGGGGCCAAAAAGGUCACAUUACAAGGAGAACCUCCUGAAGAAGAAGUUAUGGAGAUCGAUGUCAAUACCGAAAUACCAGUUACUCAAGUCCCCGCACCUACUGUCUCCCUUUCUAAUGCCCCUUCGAUCGUAGGGAAGAAGGUAGCCGGCAUUAUCGCAUCUAGUACCUCUACACCGUCAUCAAAGCCACGCUCCAGCUCUGCGGGCCCCGCGAGGAGAGGUCCCCCUAAGCCACCCCUAACGGAUUCAGAGUCCAUUAGGCGAAAAGUAACUGGAUUGAGUACUACCAAGCGUUCGUCUAGUGCAACACCGUCCAAAAGGUCUCUCCCCCCACAAUCUGCAUCAAAAGCUCCGAAUAUGAUCUUGCCCACCUUUGGGGAUACUUUCUACACAUUACCACGGGCCUUACCACCCCACACAAGACCGACCACAUUAAAGAAAGUAGGCCGACUUGUCAGCGGAGUGUUAGGCAUCACGUCUAAUGGAGGUGGUCAAGUCUCCAACGACGAGAUGCGAGAAUGGCAAGCCCACUCUGGGGCCAAGGUUCCUCGUAACUACGAAGGGCUCAGAUCUGCAAGAGAUGUUGGCAGGGAUUUACCUAGAGUUGGAGAAGUCUUGGGAAUUCAAGACGUUGGAAGGAUCAAAGAGUGUAAGAGAAUCGUUAUUAUUGGUGUCCAUGGAACCUUACUCGGCGAACCGACAGGGACAAGUCCCAAAUUUGCAUCCAUGAUGGAAGCUGCAGUCAAGAGGUUCAUGGAGAAACAAGAUGUAGUUUUGGAGAAAAUAACCUGUAUGCCACUAGAGGGUGAAGGUACAAUUGAGAAACGAGUUGAAAAGGUCGAGGACUUGCAAGAGGCGGACGUUGUCUUUGUGGCAACCCAUUCUCAAGGCUCCGUCGUGUCAACUCAGUUACUCGAUAGACUGAUCGCGGAUGGCCAUAUACGCACAUCAAAGGGCUGGGAACUUGUCAAAGCGACACUGGAUACUGCGGUUGACGGUAUAGGUAUCACCGUUCCGCCG